AUGGAUUGUGGUACUAUUGAAGAUGAAGGUAUCAGGGUUGACAACCUUGAUGAUGAUGACAACACAUGUUGUUGGGAGCCUACAACAUGGAUGUGUUUUUCUUGCUUAGAAGAAGUCAAAUCAUUUUAUGAAGAGUAUGCUUCGAGAAAGGGUUUUGGGUGGAAGAUUAGAUAUUCAAGAAAAGGGCAAGAUGGGGAGCUCUGCUACUUAAUUUUAGCAUGCUCAAGAGAGGGGUCUAAAGUGUCAAAAAUUUCGUGUACGUUAAAAACACUUCCAACUAAGGUAAAUAAUUGUCCUGCCAAGAUUGUUAUUAAGUUGGAUAAAGAUGGAUUGUGGUACAUUACAAAAUUUGAACCUGAUCAUACUCAUGAGACGAGUCCUACAAAGGCAAGGUUGUUCAAAGCUAAUAAGAAAAUGAAUUUGCAUGUAAAGAGAACAAUACAAAUCAAUGAUGAUGCAGGAGUGAGGAUCAACAAGACAUUUCAAUCUCUUGUCAAAGAUGUAGGAGGACAUGAAAACGUACCAUUUUGUGAAAGAGAUAUGAGGAAUUAUGUUAACAAGGAACGACGCGCAAUAGGAAAAGAAGGUGAUGGAAAGGCCUUGAUAAGCUAUUUUUGCCAAAUGAGGGAACAAAAUUCAGAUUUCUUCUAUGACAUAGAUUUGGAUGAUGAUUUUCACGUAAGGAAUGUGUUUUGGGUUGACGCAAGAAGUAGAGCUGCUUAUGAAUACUUUGGAGAUGUUGUGACUUUUGACACAACAUAUUUGACUAAUAAGUAUGACAUGCCUUUUUGCUGCGUUUGUUGGUGUGAAUCACCAUGGUCAAUCAACAUUACUUGGAUGUGGACUGUUGUCAGGUGA